AACCGGAACACAGCUCCACGUGCCUCCACCAGCGGAAGUAGGUUUGUUUUGGUGCCGCCGGUUGUGUCCAGCGUGUGUAACAGCUCUGUAACGUCUCUUUCAAGUUCAUCGGCAACAGACACGAUGUCAGCUGUGGAGAGCCUGGUGGAAGACAGCGGCCAGGAAGGAGAGCAAAAGGGGACGAAGAGGAAGAUUUCCCUCCUGAAUUGUGGUGUGUGUGGAUCAGAGGAGGCCAAGUACAGGUGUCCUGCCUGUCUCACUCAUUCCUGCAGCUUGCUUUGUGUGAACAGACACAAAAAGGAUUCGGGAUGCACCGGAGUGAGAGACAAAACUGCCUUUGUCACACUCUCGCACUUUGAUGAGAUGACACUUCUAAACGACUACAGGUUACUGGAGGAUACAGGGAGAUUUGCUGAUGGUGCCACCAGAGACCGUCUCGUCCAGACUCCUCACACCACUUUAAAGGCCAAGAAACUGAGAUCCUGUGCUAGUAGGAUGAACAUCACCUUGAGCCUUCUCCCAAUCACCUUCACUAAGAGCAGAGAGAAUUCCACCGUCUUCACAAAAGACAAACAGUUCAUGUGGCACCUCAAACUCAUCUUUCCUCAGAGCAGCACAGAGUUCAGUCAGAGGAGGGUGUCUGACAAACAAACCUUGAAGCACAUCUUGAGAUCUUACAUCCAUCCUACGGAGUCAGACCCUGUGACACGUCAAAAGUUGAGGAUUUAUGUUCAAGCUCCUCCUGACCACGUUAAAGUCUUCAUGAAGGCGGAGGGGAGGAAGGCGAACUCUGUGAGGUACCAUGAGUUGGACAUGGAGAAGAGCCUAAGGGACAACCUGAGCUACAAAACGCUGAUCGAAUAUCCUGUGCUGUAUGUUGUUCUGCGGGAACACUGGGAGGAAUAUCCACUAAAAGGACGAGCUGAACCUGUGUCAGCCUGCUGUACGUUUACAACCGAGACUGGAGGAGUGGACCGAGAGAAUGAUGUAAAACAAGUUUCAACAUCCCUGCAAGGGUCUCACACCCCGGGAGGAGUCAACAUCUGGAUGGGAACCUCGGAGACUAGAUCUGAAAUCGAUAAGCCACAGCAGAAAGGGGCCAAGAGAAAGGCGGAGGGAGAAGAGUUAGAGGAGGGAGAGCUCACAGACAGUAGUGAAGAAGAAAACGAUAAACACGUAACCCCAGAUAAUAAGAGCUGUGAUCAAGCCAGAAGUCCAGCUACUGAACCGGAGGUGGUGAAAGAUGAAGUAGGAGACGACAUGGACAUUAAUGUUGAUGAGGGAGUUAUUAGAAGAAGUGACGGCAGCACGGAUCAGUGUAUAAAGGAGAAUGUUAUUGCAUUUGCAGAUGACACUUCAGCUGUCACAGAAAGUGCUGAGGUCAGCGUGAGUAAGGAGAAUGCCGCAAAAGAGUCAGAGCUUGUUUGUAUCCAUCAAUGUCAAGAUGAGAAUGAGUCAGCUAAUGCUGCUGACAGCUGUGGAUAAGAAUGAUACUACCCAGAUGUUGGUGAUGAGAAGAGUGAGGGGGCAGACGUGUCUGACAUCUGCCUGGUAAAAAGUGAACUAAUGCAAACAUUGAGAAACAACACAUUUUUGUGCAAAUGUCUAUAUUUAGUUUUUUUUUUUUUUU